GCCUAGGGUCGACGUCAAAGUGACGUCACGUUCUCGCGCGAUACGCUCGCAGUUGGAAUCAGUUGCGGCGGCCGCAGCACGUUCUGAAGUCAUUACUCUCUGAACGGUCCCAGGAUCCGGAUCACACUACUAUACAGUGGCGGUGUGUAGUGUAUUAGCUUAUUCUGUCACUCUCGUACCUACAAGUCUCAAUAUUCGAAGAUGGUGAACAUCAAAGAAGUCUCAAAGAAACCAAUUUUUCUCAUCAAAGUUGUGGAGCUGGUGCUGACGUGCGUGUGCAUCCGAUGCGUGGGCGGCCAGUACGCCGCGCUGCUGCGGCGCGAGCGACCAGAGGACGACGACAACGACUACAAGGGCGUCUUCCCGCUCAUGACGGCCAUGUGGGUGCAGCUCGUGGUCUACUCCAUUCUGCUCGUCUUCCUCCUCGUCGUCAUCAUUUGCCUGCUCACCGACAGGCCUAUGCACUACAAAAUUGUCAUCACCCUGGCGGGCAUCGCGACCGUCAUCUUCGUAGCAGGUUCCGCCAUCAACUUCGAAGUUUUCUUCAUGCUCUUUGAGGCCAAGAAGAAAACACUGGUGGGGGCGGUGGCAGGCCUUCUAAAUGGAGCGGUUUACGUGACGGACAUUCUCUUAACCUACAGAGACGCAAAAUAGCGCAUCCUCGCAUCCUCGAGUGCUUUGAUUUUUUGUGGGACUGCCAAGCAAAUCGCUAUACCAACCAUGUUUACAGUGACGUACAUGGCAAAUGAGAUGUAAUUGUUUGUUGCGUUAUGUUUCGAACGUGUUUCCUGAAGAAUCGACGAGUCUAGUGCCAUAUUCUAAUUAUUUAUGCUUGUAAGCGAAGAGAACUCUUAAGCAGUGAAACUGUGAAGAGAACUAUGUGAUAUUAUAGAUCUGAAUUUCGUGGAGAACGAUAUCAUUUAAUGCGAUUUGUAGACCAUAAGACUGAACUAGUUUUGUAAUAUUAGAUGUUUAUAUUGUAUAUUAUAUUUCAUUUUAAAAAUGAUAUUGUUUGGAUACCGGGUUUGCAUUUACUUUUUACAACCCGCAUCUCCAACAGAAUUUCAUAGGAAUUCCUUUCAAACCCUCAUAGAAAUUAUAAGCAAUACAAAUUCCAUAACAAAUUUUUUUAAGACUACACAAACGCGUAAUACUACAUUUGAUUUUCGUAUCUCGUGUCAGUGCCAUUAUGAAAACAGCUAUCGUUUGGAAAAAGACCAAUAGAAAGAAUAAACUCCAUAAGAAUACAUUCUAAUCACAUAUCGGCGAACUUUCGACCCUGAUGAACAUCCUGAACUCAUCACGCGUCUCGUGGCAUUGGCUUUAAGAGUGUGACCUCUUGAUAAGCAAGAGUAUCCUUGAAAUAAUAUCAAAGAAAUGAAACGCUCAUAGAGGUCUCCAGUGAUAACAUGUGAAAUAUACUCUUUACUAAUGAAACACUUUUCCUAACGUUACACUAAGAACACAAACAAAUAAAGUUAACAUUCAAAUAUUACUUCUUGAAAUACAUUUUUAAUGCAUAUUAGUAAUGUAUAAUACUUACAGAUAUGAACUUGUCUGUACGCUUCGCAGAAAAAAAUAUUAAAAGUACAUACUAUUUUUUUUAUUAUUAAGAGACCAGGUAGUGAGUACUUAAAAGAUCCUGUAGCAGUAAAAUAUUUGUCCAAAAAUGGUUUGUCUUCAAAUUGUCAAAACAUAAAUAUCGCAUUUAAAUUUUAUUUUCUUGAUUCGUCUCAAUGCGAAGGGACGUUCCCGGUGCAUUGUGGUAUUUGUGAAGACUGUAUUCGUUAAAAUGUCUAGUUUAUUGCAGAGCUACAGGAGAAUAUUUUAUUUCUUGAGUAGUGUGCGUGCUUCAUUUCGGAAAACCAGCUGUUUUGUUCAGCGGCAUUUUUGCUGCUGAAGGGCACUACUUUCAUUUAUUUUUCAAGCAGACUGCAUGAAUGAUACGUGAGAUCAAUUUGGUUCGAAGUUCACCUUCCCACUUUGCGUUCACUUCACACUCUCCUCGUUACUAUGAUAGCAUAUCUCUGAUUUCAAGGAACAGUAAUUUAUGAAUGACCAUUGCGUCGAGAAUGAAUGCGUAAGUGAAAGAAACCACUAUAUUUAUCAUCUUACGUAGCCUUUAUCACUGUGUGCCAAGACUUGUGUAUUUCAAAUCUAAAA